AUGGCCAGCCACACAAUCGGCGUCUUUCCCGCCUCGGGGGGCAUCGGAGGCAGCACUGUCAAGCAUCUUCUUCCUCGUUUUCCUGCCAAAGACCUCGUGUUUGUCGCUCGGGAUCCCGCCAAGUUGGACUUGGCCUCUGCUGCCGGAGCGACUGUCCGGCAGGCUGAUUAUGACGAUGACAAGUCGCUCGAGCAUGCUUUUGAUGGCGUCGAAACUUUAUUCUUGAUAUCGUAUCCCUCGGUCGAAUUUGAGCACCGAGCUGAGGUGAGACUUCGGUGUUCCGGGAGGGCUCCCUCCAUCGGAGAGAUGGCAACUAACCUCGAGAACUUGCAGCGUCACAGGGCGGCAAUCAACUUUGCUCUUCGCAGUGGAGUGCGAUACAUUUUCUACGGGUCCCUGGGCUUCGCCGGGUUCACUGGCAGCGAAGCCAACACAGAAACUGUGGCGCAUGUAAUGCGCGCUCAUUUGGAUACCGAGAAGCAUCUUGAAGAAUGCAGGCACCAGCAUCCCGGAUUCGCCUACACAAUUGUACGCGAGGGCCUUUACUCUGAGUCGUACCCCCUCUACACGGCCUUUUUCAAUCCCCGCAAUCCAGUCGACGAGAUCAAGAUUGCACACGACGGCUCUGGGCCGGGAAUUGCCUGGGUUAAGCGUGAAGAACUCGGCGAGGGAACAGCGGAGCUUCUGAGAAUCUUUGCCAAAGAGCCAAAGAAAUUCCAAUACCGUAACUCCACUGUUCUUCUUUCAGGCUCCCGGGCCUUGACUCUUAAAGAAACCGUGGAAAUUCUGGCCAAAAUCGCAAAGAAGCCGGUGAGGAUCCGUCAGGUCUCGGAUGAGGAGUUUGCGCGGCAGUCUCAGGUGCCGCCAAAUUUCACUUAUCGUGGAGUAGACCUCUCCAAGCCCUGGGCAACUGCAUUCGAAGCAUUCCGUCAAGGCGAGGCCAGUGUCGCGUCCCCAUUACUGCGCGAACUGCUAGGCCGAGAGCCAGAAGACUUUGAGACCACGAUCUCGCAACUAUAG